AUGGAGCGGCUGCGGCCUCUGCGAGGCGGCGGCGGCGUCCGCAGCACGCACACCGCGCGGGCUCCGGCGCGCGCGGGCGACGCGCUCGACGCCCCAGACCCGUCCGAGCUGGCCUCGCUGCUGUCCAGGGCGUCCGCGCCGGGCCCGGGGUCCAUGGUGCUGGCAUCUGUGGAAGACCGCCGGCACCACGCCGGCAAGUCCUGCUGUGCCGCCUUGCCCAGCGGGCGCGCGUCCUGGCGGCGGCCUCGCGGAGGCGCCGGCCGCGCAGGCGGCGGUCGCAAGGCGGUCGGCGAGCCGCCACCGGCUCGAGGCCUCGAGGGGCUGGCCGCGGCCUCGGCCUGGCCGAGGGCCGAGGGGAAGGCCUCCCGCGCGAACGCCCGUACGUGCGAGUAG